ACCCACGUUACCAGCGACGUUACUCGACCGUUUAGCAUUGAAUACAGGAAAUUAGUAGAAGGGCUAAAAAUGGCGUCUGAUUUGACAGCGCCCAUUUUGGACGCUCUGUCGUCGACGGAUCAACCUCUCCUCUCCACCGAAGCCUUCCCCUCCACUCCGUCCUUGAACAUAAAAGCUGCGUUGGACCGUCUAGCGUCGCGGUCAAUGGUGGAAUAUGAGACAAUAGACAAAGAAGCUCUUGUCCUGACAGAAGAAGGCGAGUCCAUUGCCGCCAAUGGCUCGCAUGAAGCCAAGGUCUUUGACGCUGUUGUUCAAGCCAUCGACGGAUUGAAAAUCACAGAUCUUCCCGGCAUUGUUGGAAAGGAUGUCGCCAAGGUCGGACAGGGCAAUGCCUUCAAGCGAGGAUGGAUUAAGAAAGAUAAGGAUCUGCUUCGAGCGAGCACAGACAAGAUCCAAGACGAAACGAAAUUGGUACUACAGACCGUCAAGGAAUCGCAAAGCUACCCGGAUGCCAAGGUUAUCGCCGAUUUGAAGAAGAGGAAGCUAAUCACGGUAUCCAAAAUACUAAGCUUUAAGUUCUGGAAGGGUGCAAAAUAUGCACGCGAGUUCGUCAAGGAAGAAACCGAUUUGACUGCAGAUAUGCUCACCAACGGAUCGUGGAAAACCGCUCAUUUCAAGCCGUACAAUUUCAAAGCAAAGGGUGCCCCAACACCCAGUGGUGCAUUGCAUCCGCUCAACAAGGUCCGACAGGAAUUCAGGAGUAUCUUCUUCGAGAUGGGAUUCGAGGAGAUGCCCACCAACCGCUUCGUCGAAACGGGUUUCUGGAACUUUGACGCUCUCUACGUACCGCAGCAACAUCCCGCCCGUGACCUGCAGGAUACUUUCUACAUCGCCGAUCCAGUAAAGGCCGAUCCCCCUCGCGAGGAUCCUCCCAACAACCCGCACUUGACCCGGGCGUCGACUAUGCCAUCAUCAGACAAGAAGCAAGAAGACAAGCCGCUAGACUACAAGGCAUAUUGGGACAAUGUUCGUGCUGUGCACGAAAACGGUAAAUACGGCUCGAUCGGAUACCGGUAUCCCUGGAACCCAGACGAGGCCCUUCGACUCGUCCUCCGAACACACACAACAUCUGUGUCGACUUACAUGCUCCACAAACUGGCCGCCAACCCCCGACCAGCCCGCUACUUCAGUAUUGACCGCGUCUUCCGCAAUGAAGCUGUAGACGCCACCCACUUGGCCGAAUUCCACCAAGUCGAAGGUGUCAUUGCAGACUUUGGCCUUGCCCUUGGGGGCUUGAUCGGAUUCAUGGAAGUCUUCUUCGCGAAGAUGGGUAUUCAUCGUCUUCGUUUCAAACCGGCUUACAACCCUUAUACGGAACCCAGUAUGGAAAUUUUUGGAUUUCAUGAUGGAUUGGGGAAAUGGGUCGAGAUUGGGAAUAGUGGGAUGUUCCGUCCGGAAAUGUUGGAGUCUAUGGGGCUGCCAAAGGAUAUGAGAGUGUAUGGCUGGGGGUUGAGUCUUGAGCGACCUACUAUGAUCAAGUACGGAGUCAGCAAUAUCCGUGAACUACUCGGUCACAAAGUUGAUCUGAACUUCAUCGAAUCGAAUCCAGCUGUUCGUCUCGAGAGGGAUUAAAUUGGGCCAAGGAAGGAUUGAUAUUUGACAAAUGAAAAGAGAUGAAGGAUGAGCAGAAAUGUGUAAUGAAUUUAAAACUCACGGUAUAAAAAGGAAUUUCAUUCAUAGAAUUAUUCUCUAGCCAUCAUCUAAUCUGAUAAGUUACAAUCU